AUGUGCUCAGGAAUAAUUAUGUUAUUAGAAGACUCGAAAAAUGAUAUUAUAAAGCGACUAAAAAGUUUGAAAAGGUUGUCUAGUAUUCCGGAACGCUUGAUGAUAACAGCAUCAAGUGGUGGCACAUCGUCUGAUGAAAUCAUUGAUGAUUCACUGAAUAGUAAGGCAUCUUCGAAAAAUAUACAAGAAAAGAAUUCCGAUUUGGAAAAAAUAUUAACAGCAAAACUGGAUAAGUUGACGCAGUCUACAAUGAAAGAUGUCGAUGAAAAUGUUAAUGAACAGAGCAAAUUGAGUGGUUCGGAUUGCUGGGAAUGUGAAAAGUAUUACAAGAAUUUGUCGCUGUCAAAAGACGAACUGCAGAAGAGAAAAAAUAAAUGCUCACGACAUCGACGAAAGUACGAAAGGCCAAUAACACCAGAAGGAUUUUGGAAUCCCGAAUUUCCUGACACACAGUCGUCGGAACCAGUAGGAAAAUGUAUAGAACCAGUACUAGAAAAAUGUUGCAGUAAUUCGAAGAUUUUUCAACCUGAAGAAUGCUUCAUAUUCGAUCUCAAUCAUUCAGAAAGCAAUCAAUCGGGAGGAUGCAAUAAUGAAAAGGAGAUUACAAAUGAAGAACACGACCCAUUACAAACUUCUACAUGUGAAACAACCACCGAUGUAAUCAAUGAUGUAGACAACCAUGAUGCAGACAACCAUGAUGUAUUAGACAACCAUGAUGUAUUAGACAACCAUGAUAUAGACAACCAUCUUUCAGAGGUAUGUAAUAUAAAUUCAAUGCUUUAAUAUCAAUUUUCUAAGUACUUAUUCUAUUAUGUGUAAUCAGUGUACGCAA